AUGGAUGUGCUCAAGCUUAAGUUUGUGUUUGCCAUCUGCUGUGCUGGUGUAAUGUUGUCCCAGGCGUAUGGUUCCCAGAAACAAGGCGUCCGAGAUAACAAGGGCACCGAGUUCAUUUUGACGUUUACGGAAAACUUUCAGAGGAGUGAAAAUGAACCCGCGCUGUUCAUCACCACCCAGUCUGCCACACCGACCGACGUCACCAUCACACUGCCUGCUACCGGCCACACCACCACGGUUACGGCGACUAACGGGCAGGUGACAGAGGUGGACCUAUCCCGUACAGCCGUGGAGCUUCGAGGCAGCCGAAAGAGCAACAAGGCCGUCCACGUCACGUCAGCUGAAGAGAUUGUGAUUUACGGAGUGUUUGCUGAACAGGCCACGUCCGACGCCUACCUGGCCCUCCCGACAGACGUGUUGGGGACCGAGUACUUCGUCGCUUGUGCCACGGUCCAACGCUCGUGGAACGAACAUGGCCUUAGGGACUUGCCAAGUGAGUUUGGGGUCGUCGGAGUCUCUGACGGGACGACUGUUACUAUCAACCCUACCCAAGCCGUGACGUUCGGCGGGAACAACUACCCCGCAGGUCAGGACUUCACGGUCAGCCUGGACCGGUUUGAAACGCUUCAGGUACAAGCGACCGAAGACCUGACCGGGUCCAGGAUCACAUCCACCCAUCCGGUGUCCGUGCUGAGUGGAAACCUAUUCACCGUGGUAGGGAACAAUCAGCGAGGGUCUGGCGACUACAUUGUGGAGAUGAUCCCACCUGUGAACACCUGGGGGAAGGAGUUCGUCACCGCCCCGCUGGCACAACGGACCGCUGGCGACAUCUUCCGCGUUGUGGCUGCCAGGGACAACACACAGGUCACUGUAACCAAUCGACCCCCAGGAAAUCUGGGCGCAGGUGAUUUCUGGGAACUCGAGGCUGAUUCGACCGAGUUCUUGCACGUGAUCGCCAACGAACCAGUGCUGUUGGCACAAUACAGUAAAACAGCAUCUGCCGACAACACGAGCACCGACCCGUUCCUCAUGAUCAUCCCUCCUGUGGCCCAGUUUGAGGCAGAUUACACCUUUUCAACGAUUGACCUUGAAAAGAUUGACCACCCGACCAGUCAUCACGUUAAUCUGGUCAUACAGGCGGCUGACAAAGCUGGUCUCGUAUUCGAUGGACGACCGUUGCCAGGCACCACCGUGUGGCAUCCCGUACCGGGGACUACCUACCAAGCAACUGACCUGACUAUCUCGGCAGGCACACAUACAGCAAGCCACUCUUCUCCCGACACAACCUUCGGUCUCUACAGUUAUGGCUACACACUCUAUGAGUCGUAUGGCUAUCCAGGCGGCCUCCGACUGGACCAGAUCUCUGACAUUGACGAAUGUGCAACAGACAAGGGUGGGUGUACUCACAACUGCACCAAUGUCCCAGGAAGUUACAACUGUUCCUGCCGACAUGGCUAUGUGUUAAAGAUAGACAAGCAUGGCUGUGAAGACACAGACGAGUGUGCGGUCUCUAAUGGAGGAUGUGAGCAGACCUGCACCAACACUCCCGGUGGGUUCCUGUGUUCCUGUCAACACGGCUACACACUGAACCGGGAUGGUCUGGCUUAUGUAAACGAGUGCGAAGUGAGCCCAGGAAUCUGUGGAGGACGUGAUGUUCAAUGUGUCAACCUGAACGGAAGCUAUGACUGCAAAUGUUCCCCAGGCUUCAGCAUGGGAGCAGGAUGUGAAGAUGUAGAUGAAUGCUCCGGAAGGCACACCUGUCCAGAGAACGCCUUCUGUGUGAACCAACCAGGCUCGUACUACUGUGUGUGCCUGGACGGGUUUACAGGAAACGGUACAACAUGCACAGGUAACGCCGCUCUACACCGACAUCCUACAUAA